AUGGGCAAGUCACUUUCAGAGAAGAUUUCUGCGAUUGCAAACAAGCCGGUGGUUGCCGAUUAUGAUAUAGAAAACGCCGAGACCAAUAGCUUCGAGCAUAGAGAAGGCUCGGACGAUGAGUUGGAUAGUUCUGAAGAUGAGCGACAAGCCAGUUCUCAUUAUGUUUCGGUAGGUAAAUCCAAGCUGAAGGACAAAGGAAUACAUUUGAGAGAUGAGAAAUAUAAAGGUGCUAAAAGUUCGCGGAAAGCACUGUACGAUGGCGACGACGACAGCGAAAGCGGUGAGAAUAGUGAGACUGACAAUAAUUUAGAUCGUGUAAGUGAGGAUGUGGACGGUGUUGACAGUGACAGUGUUGACGAUGACAGUGUUGAAGUUGAGAGUGUGGUGGAGAGCGUCUCAGAAAGUGACGCCUCUGAAGAGUUUGAAGACCCUGAAUCAGACCAAGAAGAAGAAGAUACAGAAUACAAGAGAAAACGUUUGGCAGCAUUAGUUCAGCAAGAGACGCAAACCGCAGUGAAAAGGCUUUCUGAGACAUCGCGGCAGAAUGCCUCCAAAGGUUAUGCCAUUUUAGAACAGAACAGACUUUUUGAUCAAAUCUUGGACACUCGUAUUAAGCUCCAGAAAGCGGUCACAGCAGCAAACGAGUUACCUCUCAGCAAGGAUUCGUGGGAAUUACAUUUGAGAGAAUCCAAGGGCAACAAACGUCUUUUGAAGGAAGCCAUUGGGAAACUAAAAGACGUUAUGGGCCAAUUAAUCGAUUUCCGGGACGAAUUCCAAAUGAGAGACAACAUAAAUCAAAAUCCAGAUUCCUUUUUGGAUCACUCCGCAAAAAAGAGAAGCUAUUCCGAGCUUUGCGAGCAAACGGAUACGCUCGAUGCCCAAUUAAAAGUUUAUCGUUCUGCAGUUCUCCAGAAAUGGUCUCACAAGAUUUUGUCCGCCUCGGGCAAAUCAGCGCUUGCUUCGAGCAAAUUUAAAGCCAUUAAUCAAACAGCAGACGUUCAAGUGAAAAAUCAACUGGCCGACUUACCAAGACUUUUGAAACGAACCACUCUCAAUAGGAGAAAUGUGGUUCCACUCAGCUUUGAAGCUGACUUGAACGCUGGCCUACUUGACAAAUUGAAGAACACAACGAACAGCAUGGAUGCCGAAUCUGAUGACUUGGAUAUCCCCAAAAACUAUGAUCCAAGGCGAAAGGACAAUACGACGAUUGAUACAAAUGAAAAUCCAUAUGUGUUUGAUGAUGAAGACUUUUACCGAAUCCUGUUGAAUGAUCUUGUAGACAAGAAAAUUUCCAACGCACAAACGGAAUCGAGUGGUGUCACAAUAGCUCUAACAUCACGCUCCAGCAACAAACUGAAAAAGAAUGUAGAUACCAAAGCAUCGAAGGGUAGAAAAAUUAAUUACAAAAUUCAGGAACCUAUUGCGAAUUAUGAGGCGCCUGUUAAUGGUGGAUUCAAAUGGUCGGACGAACAAAUUGACGAGUUUUUCGCUGGGCUUCUAGGACAAAAGGUUAGUUUCAGUGAAAUUGACGAGCGCUUGGAACACAACUCGUCUGAAGACGAUGACAUUAAGAAUGACGGUAUUCAAAUUUUCGGGUAA